AUGUCACCACUUCCUCUUACUCAGUUAAAUGUAACAGGGAAAGACAUGGCAUCACCACACCCUCCAAAGGGUAAGGUAGAUUCAAGCAGGAAAGUUGAAGCUACCAAGACAAAUGAACUAGAGAAGAAAGAGGCAAAGGAGAUUCUACUGAGGGAACACCAGCCCAAAAUUCCGUACCCUACUAGAUUGAAGCAGGCGCAAAUGCCUAUGUAUGCGAAGUUCUUAAAGGAGAUUCUUAGUAACAAAAGGAAGUUUGAGGACUUGGUGUGCAUGACGCUAAACGAGGAAUGUUCGGUAAUUUUCCAGAAUAAGUUAUCGGAAAAGCGACAUGAUCCAGGGAGUUUUACUAUUCCUUGUGUUAUAAGUAACUUAUCUGUUAAUGAUGCUUUAGCUGAUUUAGGGGCUAGCAUUAAUAUAAUGCCGUACAGCCUGUUUGUAAAGUUGGGGUUGGGAGAGACCAAACCCACUAGGAUGAGUAUACAGUUAGCUGAUAGAUCUAUUAAGUAUCCUAGGGGUAUUGUAGAGAAUGUGCUAGUAGAAGUAAACAAAUUUAUAAUUUCUGUUGAUUUUAUGAUCUUAAACAUGGACGGUGAGAGUAGUGUACCCUUAAUUCUAGGAAGACCUUUUCUCACAACAUCUAGGGCAAUGAUAGAUGUUUGUGAUGGAAAGUUAAAACUUAGGGUAGGGGAUGAGACUGUCACCUUUGACUUGCAUAAUUCCAUAAGCCAGUUUUUAGAUCAUAAUAAUGUUGUGUUUGCUAUUAAUGUAUUUGAUGAUGCUAUUGAGACACAGUUGCAGGAACUUGAGUUUCUUUUAGCAAACGAGCCAAGCAACAAUACUGAUGAGUUUGCUGUAAUUGACAGGAUAGGUGUGCAGAAGUUGAGGCCAUCACUUGAGGGACCACUGGUUCUCGAUUUGAAAGAGCUUCCACAAUGUCUUGACUAUGCGUAUAUGGAUGAGGAUAACGGGCUGCCUGUCAUUCCAGCAGUUGACUUGACACCCGAGACAUUCUUUAAUGGACUGAAUUAUGCAAGUAAACAGUCUAUUAAUGCUGCAGCAGGUGGAUCACUGAACAAUAAGACUCUUGAGGAAGCUAUGGAUUUUAUUGAUGAUAUGGUAGUCAUAAACCACCAGUGGCAGAAUCCAAGAGAGCAGUUAAAGGCCUUGAGCAAGAAGAUGGAUGCUUUGACUAUGUCUUCAUCUGGAAGACAAGCACAAGUUAUGACUUGUGAUUAG